CAUCAACUCACUAUAGGCUAUGGGCCGUUUUUCAACUAUAAUUGUGCUUCUGGUGUUCAAAGCUAUGGCGGUAUAACUCGAACUACUACUCAAAAACCGAAAAUUGCAUUAAUGAGCAGAAGACUAUGUUCUGAUUUUCUGCGAUGCCGAGUCCAACCAAAACUCCGUCGAAGGAAGCGCCAAGGACACCGUCCACGCGAAGCGCAUCUAAAACCAAGACUCCUUUGAAAGCUUCAAAUGGAACAAAUCUCACAGGUACUCCAUCACGAUCAACGAGGAACACCCCAUCCAAAGUUGCCAGUCAAGAUGCUGCUGUACGAACCCCUGGAAAAUCUCGUACCCCUGCCAAAACAAACACACCAUCUAAGAAGAGGACUGCUCCUACUGAAGAGGAUUCAACAUUUGCCACCCCAGCAAAAGCCACUCCAGGAAAAAGAUCAGAGCGUUCCUCUGAUCUUACUGAAUCUACUCCACUUCGUUGGGGCCAACAGGGUCGCCAAGCUGCUAAUGACCAUGUCGUGGUAGAGGCUUCUGAUCCACUUACUCCAUCAGACAAUGUUCUUACUCCGUCUGACAAUGUUCUUGCUCCCCCAGCUACCAGUCCUUUUGCUGGAGCUCCGAGUGAAAUGGACAUGAUGAGCUCUCCCCUCAACUAUGGUACUCCAAGCUCUCUUGCAUCAGUCAGAACCCCUCGAUCUGGAAUAAGAGGAACUCCCCUUCGGCAGCGACCAGAUAUUCGCCCAGACCGUCACUUGCGUCAAGUCAAUCUUCAAUCUGACCCUAUCGAUCCACCAUCAGAUGCUGGUGCAAUUGAUGCUUCUGAGGGAGAGCAGGCUGCUCCUCAACUUGUCAUCUGGGGGACUGAUGUUGUUGUCAAUAGAUGCAAAGAUAAAUUUAAGUCUUUUAUCUCAACAUUUGUUGACAUGAAUGCUGAAGUAGAUGAAACUAAUCCAGAUAUGGAUUUGAGUCAGCCUCUUUAUCUUCAAAAGUUGGAUGAGAUUCAUCAAGCUGAAGAAACCUGCUUGAAUGUUAAUUGUAGUCAUUUGGAGACCUAUGACAAGGAAUUGUACAGCCAAUUAGUGCGUUACCCUCAAGAAGUGAUUCCUACAUUUGAUAUGGCUCUCAAUGAAAUGUUCUUUGAACGUUUCCCUGCAGCAGUCAUUGAUUAUCAAAUUCAAGUCAGGCCUUUCAAUGCAGCAAAGACUAAGAAUAUGAGAAUGCUAAAUCCGGAAGAUAUUGAUCAACUUAUUACUAUAAGUGGAAUGGUUAUUCGGACUUCAAAUGUCGUCCCUGAAAUGCGAGAGGCCUUCUUCAAGUGCAUUGUUUGCUCAUUUUCAACUGCUGUUGAGAUUGACCGUGGUCGAAUUGCUGAACCAACCCUGUGUACCCAUUGCAACACCAAUCAUUGCUUCCAACUAAUUCACAACCGGUCCCAAUUCACUGAUAAACAAAUGAUCAAGCUUCAAGAAUCUCCAGAUGACAUGCCCCCGGGACAGACACCUCACACUGUUGUCCUAUAUGCCCACAAUGAUUUGGUAGAUGCAGUGAAUCCUGGUGAUCGUGUCACGGUAACUGGGGUGUACCGAGCUGUCUCCAUGCAAGUUAAUCCACGAAUGCGCAAUGUUAGAUCUGUGUACAAGACACACAUUGAUGUUGUACACUUCCGUAAAGUGGAUUCAAAACGUCUUUAUGAAGAUGAAGAAGGGAAAGAUCACAGAUUCCCUCCUGAAAGAGUAGAAUUAUUGCAGCGUUUGUCUGAGAGAGAAGAUAUUUACGAGCGACUUGCUCGUGCUAUUGCUCCAUCUAUUUAUGAAAAUGAAGACAUCAAGAAAGGAAUUCUUCUUCAACUCUUUGGGGGCACUAAAAAAUCUCAUCCAAUCUCAGGGCGCACAAACUUCAGAGCUGAAAUAAACAUUUUGCUCUGUGGAGACCCUGGUACUAGUAAAUCUCAGCUGCUGCAGUAUGCAUACAACCUUGUGCCUCGAAGCCAGUACACUUCUGGUAAAGGAUCUUCAGCUGUUGGCCUCACUGCUUAUGUCACUAAAGAUCCAGAGACUCGCCAGCUUGUACUUCAAACAGGAGCACUUGUUCUUGCUGACAAUGGUAUUUGCUGUAUUGAUGAAUUUGACAAAAUGAAUGACUCCACCCGCAGUGUGCUCCAUGAAGUUAUGGAACAACAAACACUGAGUAUUGCUAAAGCAGGUAUUAUCUGUCAGCUAAAUGCCAGGACAUCCAUCCUUGCUGCAGCUAAUCCUAUUGAAUCUCAAUGGAAUAAAAACAAAACCAUCAUAGAAAACAUUAUGCUACCCCACACCCUUAUGUCCAGAUUUGAUUUAAUUUUCCUUAUGUUGGAUCCCCAAAACGAACUUUUUGACAGGCGUCUUGCUCGUCAUUUGGUUUCUUUAUACUACAAAACUAGAGACGAGGAGGAGGACGAAUUAAUGGAUAUGAGUAUCAUGCGUGAUUAUCUUGCAUACGCUAAAGAUCAUGUUAAACCAAAACUCACUGAUGAAUCUUCUCAAAAAUUAGUGCAGUCAUAUGUUGAUAUGCGCCGUAUUGGUUCUGGUCGUGGUCAAGUAUCUGCUUAUCCCCGUCAACUAGAGUCUUUGAUUCGUUUGGCAGAGGCUCAUGCUAAACUAAGGUUCUCUGAAACAGUUGAUGUUGUUGAUGUAGAUGAGGCAUAUAGACUACAUCGUGAGGCCCUGAAACAGUCUGCAACUGAUCCAUUGUCUGGCAAAAUUGAUAUUGGCAUUCUCACUACUGGUUUAAGUAAUGCUGCGAGAAAGCGAAGAGCAGAAAUCAAGGAAGCCUUAAACAAAAUUGUCAUCAAAAAUAGAGGCAAAGUGCAAACAAUUAGCUGCCAAAAGUUACAAAUGGACUUGAAGGAGAAUUCUCAACUGCAAAUUACCAGAGAGAUGUUUGAAGAUGCUCUGAAGGACCUGCAGGACGAUGGGGUUAUAGUUAUGGUCGGAAAAUCAUCAGUUCGUAUUUGCUCAGCAACCUAAUGUUUCAUAGAACCGUUAAAACAUAUCAUUAUUUUUAAGAUGUCAUCUGUCUGAAAGCAGACUACAGAUGUUGUGCCUUGUAGUUGUGUAGUAUCAAUUUUCACAUUGUGAAUAUUUUUAAGUUAACUUACAAUACCGUGUUUAUCAGAUGCACCAAUUUCAGUGAAAACACUGCCUUUUUCUGGUGUUGGGCCUUACUUUUCUGUUGGCUGCUAAGUGGAAGGUGUUUCUGUGAUUAUGCGUGUUUUCCACUUUGCACUAACUAUAGGAGAGCACGACUCCAAGCCAUUUUAAAGCAUAGCUCUCACUGGUCUUGAUGGCAGCUUUGUAUUCAGGUUAAUAGGCUAUUUUUUUUAACUAAACUAUGUUUCUCUUUUCUGUAGAACAUAAACAUCAUUUAUAAUUGUUGGGCCAGUUUUGUGACAUUCUGAUGGUAAAAAUUUGGUAUUUUGCAUAUGUACUUUCUGUUUGUUGAUUUCUGUAUGGAUUCUCUUGAAGUAGUUUGAUCUAUUUAUUCUGAAAAUAGUUUUUAAAAUUUGUCUGUAAAUGUAGAAUAUGUGACUAAUCAGGUGCAAUAAAAUAAUCGAUCUGGAA